GUCGUUAACGCCCCCCUCGGCCCCGAUCAGGAAGUGAAUCUGUGGGAAAUAGAAAAACGGUCCCUAGAAUGACAUAGAAGCGGGUGAGGUGGGGUUGACCGAGACACCGGGACUAACGCAGGACUCGACACCUAUUUGGCUUCACCCAGGUGCAAAAGCACGUUAUCUUUGGGAGGCAUAAAAGCACCGGAGAAAAUGCUGAUUAAAGAAUUUCGAGUGAUCCUACCGAUUUCUGUGGAGGAGUAUCAGGUCGGGCAGCUGUACUCAGUAGCGGAGGCCAGUAAGAACGAGACGGGUGGAGGAGAGGGCGUUGAGGUCCUGAAGAACGAACCAUACGAGAAGGAUGGAGAGAAGGGACAGUACACACACAAAAUCUACCACCUGCAGAGUAAAGUCCCGUCAUUUGUACGGAUGCUUGCACCAGCGUCAGCACUGAACAUUCAUGAGAAAGCUUGGAACGCCUACCCAUACUGCCGUACAGUAAUUACUAAUGAGUAUAUGAAAGAGAACUUCCUCAUCAAGAUCGAGACGUGGCACAAACCCGACAUGGGACAGCAGGAAAAUGUUCACGGUCUAGACCCAGACACCUGGAAGAAGGUGGAGGUGGUGUACAUAGACAUCGCAGACCGGAGUCAGGUGGAGCCAAAGGACUAUAAACCAGAUGAAGACCCGACUAAGUUUAAGUCUGUAAAGACUGGAAGAGGGCCGCUCGGUCCGGAUUGGAAGAAAGAGCUACCUAAAAGGACCGACUGCCCACACAUGUGUGCCUACAAACUGGUUACUAUCAAGUUCAAGUGGUGGGGCCUGCAAAACAAAGUGGAAAACUUUAUUCAAAAGCAAGAGAAGCGCUUGUUCACUAAUUUCCACCGGCAGCUGUUCUGUUGGAUUGAUAAAUGGAUCGAGCUGAACAUGGACGACAUCCGCAGAAUGGAGGAAGAGACCAGGAGGGAACUGGAUGAGAUGAGAGUGAAGGAUCCAGUGAAAGGCAUGGUGGCUCUUGAAGACUGAAGCUGCUGUGUGUUCCUGGAUGCUGCGGUUCAGAAAGAUCAGACCUGAACUACUGGAGACCAGCAGCAUCACUCCCCCCAAUCAAAUCAAAGCAACAUGUCUUUUUAAUCAUAAUCAAAGUCCUUCAUCCAGCUCUUUUGGUGCAGUUUGUCCUGAGCAACCUUCAUAUCCUCCUUUCAGUCUGACAGUGGAGCACACUGACUAGUUAAAUAAGCUAUUAUUCCGGUUCUAAUAUCAUGCCCAGUUUAUGAAGUCUACCUACUUAAACAAUUACAGGGACGAUCAGCAGUUCGUCAUUUAUGAUGUCAGAUCAUUAACUUAAUAAGUGGAGCUCGGCAGAAUUGUGUUUUAAGAUGAGUUUAAUGUAAAGCAGAUGAUAUUUGUGUGUGUGUAUAUUCAGAAUAUCUACUGGCAGUUGAAUUAUUGUGACAGAUGUAUAAACAGGGUUAAGUAAUUAUUCUUCUUAUUUUUUUUUUUGUGUGGACCAAGCCAGUUUUCCUUGUUUUGUUCCAAUCUGUAGUGAUUUGUUUUAAUUUCAUUUUAGCCAUUUUUUAACCUAUUUACCAGCUGAUCCAAGGUGUAAGUGUGUCUCUUUAUAGUGUAGUAGGCUACUGUACAAUCACAGUCGUGUCAGCCUGGCCAUUAAUUUAUUCGUAACAUGGAUUAUGGACUGCAAGUACAGUUCAUAUUUAAAUGCAAAACCCAGUUUAUUAUAAUCAGCUGAUCGAACAGUAUCACAUGUUUGAAAUAAGCUCAAGUUAAAAGUAUUCUUGUUUGUUAAUCAGUCAAUAUGAAUGGUUUCAUUGUCAUUUCUUCCAGUUUCCUUGUGUGUGCUAUUUUAGUCAAGUUAUUAUUAUUAUUAUAAUUUUUUUU